UCAACACUUAAACACUUCAACCCCCAUUUCCACUUUCUCAACAACGACCAUUCCCCCCCCCCCAUGGCGGAACGUAACAAUCCCACCCACCAGCAACAACAACAACGACCGUCGAGAGCCAACCGCACCGUCGUCCCAUCCUCCACUUUCCUACAAAAAAUCCAAUCCCAUGCACCCAACACCACCCACUUUCUCGGCUUCUUACUCCUCUUCUUCGUUUCCGCCACCACUCUCUUAAUCCUCACUGGACUUACUCUCACCGCCACCGUCUUCGGGCUCGUUUUUUUCAUGCCGGUGAUCGUCGUUUCUAGCCCCGUUUGGUUCCCGAUAUGCACCCUCCUGUUUCUCACCGCCGUUGGGUUCAUGUCGGCUUGUGGCUUCGGAGUCGCCGUCGCGGCGGGGUCGACAUGGAUGUACCGUUACUUUAGGGGAAUGCAUCCACCUGGGUCGGACCGGGUUGAUUCAGCUCGGACCCGGAUUUAUGACACGGCUAGCCAUGUUAAGGAUUAUGCUAUGGAAUAUGGUGGAUAUUUGCAAAGCAAGGUUAAGGAUGCUGCUCCUGGUGCAUGAUUAGCAAUGGACUCCCAUCCCCUCCUUUUUUUUCAAUAUACAAAGAUUAUAUAUAUAUAUAUAUAUAUUUGUUUUUCGAUUUGUGAUGAUGGUGAUUUUGAGUGUUUGAUUUUUUUUUUUAAUUUUGUUUCUUGUUUUUAAUUAGCUGAAAAUUUUGAUAAUGGAUAUAUGAGAUUUGUUGAUUUGAAA